AUGGUCAACAUCAGCGAAGUCAAGGGCAAUGCGCGCGAAAACCGAACUGCGGCGCAUACCCAUAUCAAGGGAUUGGGCUUGCGUUCAGACGGCACCGCUGAACCCUCUGGCAAUGGAUUCGUCGGGCAGGCUGCAGCCCGUGAGGCCUGCGGAGUGGUUGUAGACCUGAUCAAAGCCAAGAAGAUGUCCGGACGAGCAGUACUACUGGCGGGAGGACCUGGCACCGGCAAGACAGCUCUGGCACUGGCAGUAUCGCAAGAGUUGGGAACGAAGGUGCCUUUUUGUCCGAUCGUCGGCAGCGAAGUUUACUCAGCAGAGGUCAAGAAGACCGAAUCUUUGAUGGAGAAUUUCAGAAGAGCAAUCGGACUCCGAGUGCGCGAAACGAAAGAAGUCUACGAGGGCGAAGUGACCGAACUCCUCCCUGAAGAAGCAGAGAACCCUCUCGGUGGCUUUGGCCGUACCAUCUCCCACCUAGUUAUCACGUUGAAAUCCGCCAGAGGUACGAAAAAGCUCCGUCUCGACCCCAGCAUAUAUGAAGCCAUUCAAAAAGAGCGAGUCACGGUUGGCGAUGUGAUAUACAUAGAAGCCAAUACGGGAGCAUGCAAGCGGGUGGGUCGAUCAGACGCCUACGCGACGGAAUUCGACCUCGAGGCAGAAGAAUACGUGCCUGUUCCAAAGGGAGAAGUCCAUAAAAAGAAAGAGGUCGUGCAAGACGUGACUUUGCAUGACCUGGAUAUCGCCAAUGCCAGACCUCAAGGGGGCCAGGAUGUUAUGAGCAUGAUGGGCCAACUGAUGAAGCCGAAGAAGACGGAGAUCACAGACAAAUUGAGGGCUGAGAUCAACAAGGUGGUGAGUAGAUAUAUUGAUCAGGGUGUGGCGGAACUGGUCCCUGGUGUCCUCUUCAUUGACGAGGUCCACAUGCUCGACAUUGAAUGCUUCACCUAUCUCAACCGUGCCCUCGAAUCCCCCAUAGCCCCGAUCGUCAUUCUCGCCUCGAACCGAGGCAACACACUCAUUCGCGGCACGCAGGACAUCACCGGUGCUCACGGCAUCCCUCCAGACCUUCUUGCCCGCUUGCUCAUCAUCCCCACACACCCAUACAACGCUUCCGAAGUCCAGACUAUCAUUCGGCUACGCGCGAAGACCGAGGGCCUUGCAAUCUCCGAGCCUGCGCUGGAGAAGGUCGCGCAGCAUGGCACGAAUGUCAGUUUACGGUACGCAUUACAACUAUUGACGCCCAGCAGCAUUCUUGCCAAGGUCAACGGCAGGACGGAGAUCGGUGUCGAGGAUGUAGCAGAGUGCGAAGACCUGUUCAUCGAUGCGAGAAGAAGCGCCAAAGUCGUGGAGCAAGCAGGAACUUCAUUUAUUAGUUGA